AUGGGUCUGAAACCGUUUCUUGGGCUUCGAGGAAAUGCCCUCCUCCACGCAACCCUCAUGCUAGUUGUGUGUCCUACUUUUACUUGCUAUGGAUAUAACAUGAGCGUGGCAGGUGGUUUGCUAACACUUACGGCUUUCAACAAUCAAUUUCCCAGCAUUGACACACUUCAUACAACCGGAGAGGUCCAACAGAAGAAUUCCCAGAUACAAGGUGUCGUUAUGUCACUCUUCACUGUCGGCGGUAUCUUUGGGGCCCUCUCAUGCGUAUUUUUCGGCGAUCGUUGGGGCCGCCGGAAAGUGAUUUUUAUAUCGAAUGUUAUAACUAUCAUCGGCGCCAUUCUCAUGGCAACUUCCUUCUCACUUGCCCAGUUUGUCGUUGGCAGACUAGUUCUCGGUGUAGGAAUUGGAGGAUACGUCGCGACGGUUCCUGUCUGGCAAUCCGAAAUCUCACCAGCGCAUAUGCGAGGUUCCAACGUGGUUAUUGAUGGAAUUUUCGUCGGAAGUGGCGUUGCCCUUGCUCUAUGGGUUGAUUUGGGAUUCUUUUUCGUGAAAGAAAGCUCCGUCUCCUGGAGAUUCCCUCUGGCCUUCCAAAUCAUUUUCUCUAUUAUCGCAAUUAUCUUCAUUACGAUGCUUCCCGAGUCACCGCGAUGGCUUAUCAAAAAGGGCCGAGUGGAAGAAGGACGACAGGUUUUAGCCGCAUUACUCGAUGUCGAGGAGCACUCCGAUAUUGUGAACGAUGGCGUAUACGAUAUUGAAUCAUCACUUUCCCACUGUGGAACAGGGUCGUGGAAAGACAUGUUCACUAACGGAGAACAACGUCUCUUCCAUCGCACAUACUUGGCCGCCACGGGCCAAAUGUUCCAACAGAUGUGUGGUAUCAAUGUCAUAACAUUCUACGCAACGACCAUCUUCGAGCAAUACCUCGGAAUGAGUCCCGUGAAUGCCCGUAUUAUCGCUGCGGCCAUGCCUCUCACACAACCAUUUGGUGGCUGGCUUGCCUAUUACACCAUCGACCGCCUCGGUCGUCGACCUUUGCUCAUAUGGAGCGCCGUAGCCUUGGCCGUUUGCAUGGCAGGACUUGCCGGUUGUACAUCGCCAUCCGCAGCCAACAAUACAGCUGCACUAGCCAUGGCUGUGGUUUUCCUCUACUGUUUCCAAUUCAUCGCGACAAUUGGGUACGCCGGCCUGACGUUUUUGUAUGCUGCCGAGAUCGCGCCUUUGCAGAUUCGCGCUGCUGUCAACGCGAUCUCUACCGCUACCGUGUGGUCGUUCAACUUCCUCCUGGCCGUGAUAACUCCAGUCGGCUUUGCCACGAUUGGUUACCACUUUUACAUCAUAUUCGCUAUUAUCAAUGCUCUUAUGGCGCCGAGUACGAAGGACCGUUCGUUGGAGGAGAUCGAUGAAAUCUUUGCGCAGUCGAAGAAUAUCUUCGAUCCGCCUCGCGUGGCGCGUGCGAUGCAGCGGAAAAUGCAAACAGUGCACAUCGGCGACGUUCAUCCUGAGUCUGGAGAUAUUGUCGAGAUCAAAAAGGAUGCUCUUCAGAUGGAUGUGAAGGCUUAA